CUUUGACCUGGUAGAAAUGGGCCUCUGUGUGUAAAAGUUACACUGAAACAGAUCUUGGCUCACUCAGGAUCUGGAGAUCAAGCCAUAUGUCUGGGUUUUGAUACAACAAGACCAGGGAAUGUCCAGCAUGAUGAUCCCUAUAUUCCUAACAGGGCUCUGCUUCCUGUUGCUUGGGCCCACUUGUUGCAGUGGCAGCAGGAUCCUAGUAGUGCCCGUUGAUGGCAGCCACUGGAUCAAUAUGGAGGUGAUCCUCCGAGAGCUGCACUCCAGAGGCCACAUCAUGACUGUGCUACGCUCUGAGAAGAGCUGGUACAUCCCUAGUAACUCUUCCAUUUUUACUUCUAUUAAUGUGACCAUGCUGGAGGAUGAGGCAGAGGACAUUCAUUUUUACAAUAAAAUGCUACUAGAUGUUAUGGAACGCCGCAGGUUGCCGACGUUUAUACGCACCUUCUAUCAACAGUACUUAAUCACAUACAUGUUGGAAAAGGGCCAUGAGAUCAUGGCCAGAGCAGUUGCUACAAUGUUAGACGACCCUGUUUUUAUGAAAAAAAUGCAAGACUCUAAGUUUGACUUAAUAUUAACGGACCCUGCUCUGCCUAUAGGUGUUGUUUUGGGUAGUUACCUCAAGCUGCCAAUGGUUUUAAAUGUGCGCUGGAUUAAUAGUGGGGAGGGCCAUUUGACCAUAGCUCCCUCUCCAGUCUCCUAUGUUCCCGUGUCAGGAAGUGAACUUCACGAUCAGAUGGAUUUUCUGGAAAGAACCAAGAAUUUGUUACAUUCUAUCUAUAGUUUGGUUGAACAGCACGUUUUCAUUAACCCUGCCUACUCAGAUGUGUUCCAGCGGUAUUUCCCUCCUGGAACUGACUUGCUGUCUUUGGAGCUUGCAGCUGAUAUCUGGCUGGUGAGGACGGAUUUUGUCUUUGAGUUCCCUCGGCCCACCAUGCCCAACGUGGUCUACGUAGGGGGGUUCCAGUGCAAAAAAGCUGGUCCUCUUCCUGUUGAGCUGGAGGCCUUCAUGCAGAGCUCUGGAGAGCAUGGGGUUGUGGUCAUGUCUUUGGGGUCGCUGGUGUCAGCCCUGCCUCGUCAGACUACAGAGGCCAUUGCUGCUGCUUUUGCUGAGCUACCUCAAAAGGUGGUGUGGAGGUUUGUGGGUGAAACGCCUUCAUCCUUGGGGAACAACACCCUUCUGGUUAAAUGGCUCCCUCAGAAAGAUCUCCUGGGGCACCCCAAGACCCGUGCCUUUGUAGCCCAUGGAGGCACCAACGGCAUGUAUGAGGCCAUUUACCAUGGCGUUCCCGUUCUGGGCCUGCCACUCCUCUUUGACCAGUUUGACAACCUACUAAGGCUAAAGGUACGUGGGGCAGCUCGGGUAAUGGAGGCCAACUCACUCACCAAAGAAGACUUCCUGGAGACUCUAAAGGACAUCCUGGAGACUCCCUCGUACCGUAACAACAUACAGCGUCUCUCACAGUUACACCACGAUCAGCCAAUGUCUCCUAUGGACACCGCAAUCUUUUGGAUUGAGUACGUCAUCCGGAACAAAGGAGCAGCCCAUUUGCAAUCAGCAGGUUUUCGUCUGCCUUGGUACUCCUACUUCUGCCUGGAUGUGGCUGUUUUAAUUAUGGCCCUCAUUGGAGCCUUUGUCUGGGCUUCAGUCUUAGCCUGUAAGGUUCUCUGCUGCCGAAGUUCUCGGAGAAAGAGCAAAGCUGAGUAACUAAUUCGAACAUAACUUAUAAUUAAUGCCUGCUGUAAGGGAACUUAUACUGCACAAUUAAAAACAUGUUUGGACAUAUUUAUUAUACGUAUUCUUUAUUACAGAUGUCCUAAACUGCACUGCAUGUAUAAUCAUGUAGUAUUUUUUCUUUGUUGAUAAUAAAUCUUUUCCAUGUAUCCUUUACUCUACUGAACCUUAGCCUGAUUGUUUAUGAGAGUAUAAAAAAAUUAAGGGUUUCGGGACGUGCAUGGCAAAGAACGGUUUGUCAUAUAACAUAGUGUCCUCUAAGGGGGCCCUAAUGGAAGUGGUUUUAUCUUGUGGACCAUGACUUUCUGAGAGAACCUAACUGAGGGUUACUUGGUUAGUUAGUAACUAACAGAAAGGUCAACACAGAUAAGAACCAGUCUUGGCCAAAGGGAGUGUGAACAAAUAAGGAAACUUCAUGUACCACUCCAAGGUACAAAUAAAGUGAAAAGCUUGUCAUUGGGGUGCACAUUUCAAACUAACCCUUGCUGUCUGUACCAUUCUCUGAGUAUUUAUAAAGUGUAACAAUAUUAAGAUUUUUUUCUGGUUCCUCUUUUGUCAAGGUGUAACUACAAAAUUGUCACGACACUGCCCAGUGUUUGCUGGGGAGAUAACCAUUCACACAUCCACAAAUAAG